AUGCGAUCCUUGCAACUCACCUUUUUCGCGGCGUUGGUCAUCGCAUCCACGCUCACCACAGCUCAGCUGGUGGAUUCGGUUGCACAACCGUUUGAGCGAUCGCUUCAAGAUGCCAACAUUCUUACCGAACGAUCUCUGCUCGAAGCGCGACAAGCUUCCAAUGCCACCUCAACCACCUCCGCUGCCGAGCCCUCCGGAAGCGCAGCGGUAGGUGGAGAAGCCACGAUCACCGAAGAGGCGUGCAGCAUGACCAAUCACCUCUCGCAAAACCAACAGGCAUCGUGGGGUAACGGCUUUAUCAACACUUGCUGUAGCUUCAACAACGGCGUCCAAUGUUGGUACCGCAAACAGGACACGGUCUCGGCGCAACAAGAAUGCGAGAUCCCAGGUUGUGCCGAUCUGCUGAAUGAAGAUAGGUCAAAGUGGGUCGGAUUCGUGCCAUUGAAUUCCACCAAUGGCGAGGGCAAGUAUGGAAAUUUCUUCUUGAGUUUGGGCAUGCUCAGUGCGGGUGGUGCCAUGGUUCCAAUGAUGGGCGUCGUGGCGACCGUGGCGCUCGCCGUGUCGGCGAUGAUCACCUUGUAA